AUGUUGUCCACACUUUUCACUACCGCUCUGCUUACUGUGGCCGCUGAAGCUGCUCCAUGGGGACCAGCAGGGUUAGGGCCACACCAAGGCUCUCCAAGCUGGGGCCCACCUAACCUUCCCGCUUGGGGCCCAUCAGGCCCUCCCGGCGGAUGGCACCACGGUCCUGCGCCAGCACCACCACCACCCUCCCCACCAGGCCCGGGCAAGCCCACAGUGUCGCCCACUGUACCACAGCCAUGGAGCUACUUCGUGAACUCUACCAUCUUCGCCCCAAACUUCGGGCUCUUCUACCCUCGCUACGCCGAACUCCAAGACGGAACCAUCCUUGCCACUUCGUCCCUCUCAGGGCCCCAACCAGACUACUUCCCAAUCUUCGAAAGCACGGACGGAGGUGCUAGCUGGACCUGGAUCUCGAACCUAACAGAUCAAGUCAACGGGCUCGGGUUCACCGCACAGCCUGCGCUCCAUGAGCUUACCUUUGACCUUGGCUCGUACAAGAAGGGCACGAUCCUAGGUGGAGGCAACUCGUGGGGCAAUACCAGCACGAAUAUCGAUCUCUAUGCCAGUCUGGAUAAGGGCAGAUCGUGGGAGUUUGUGAGCCAUGUUGCGAAGGGUGGGCCGCCCAAUACUACCAAUGGCGCGACGCCUGUGUGGGAACCCUACUUCCUACCUUAUGACGGCGAGGUUAUUGCUUUCUACUCCGACCAGCGUGACCCACUGCAUGGGCAAAAACUAGCGCAUCAGGUGACGACAGACCUCAAGACCUGGGGCCCAGUGGUCAACGACGUUGCAUACGACAAUUACCUCGCACGGCCAGGCAUGACAAUCGUAGCCUACAUCGAGCCAAUCGACCAGUGGAUGCUCGUCCACGAAAACCCAGUUGUCCUCACGAACGGCAGUGUCCAAUACAGCCACGGUGUCCAGUAUCCGGUCUUCUACAAGCUCGCAAAGGAUCCACGCGAUUUUGGCGCAUCGCCAGAUAUGCCACUCCUUGUCAAUGGCACCACCGCACCAAGCUCUUCUCCAUACGUCGUGUGGACGCCGGAACCAAAGGGCUCCAAGUAUGGCACCAUCUUCGUGUCCGACAACGACCAUCGCUCAGUCUUCUCGAACCAGCAGGGCGGUGCAAUAGACGCCUGGGAAGAGCACGGAACGCCGGCCGGGGCUGUCUACAGCCGAGCCAUUGAGAUUUUCGCCAGCAGACAGGAUCAUCUCUUGAUCUACGGUGGUGAUACUUUCAAUGGGAUCAUGGAUGGUGAGGAUCUGCCAUUUUCGGCAACAGUGCUGAAUGUGGAGAGAGUCUUGUCGAAGGCGCCGGAGGAUUACUCGCUAUAA